GAACCCACUAUUUUUGGGUGGCUCAGGAAGGAAAUCUCUCCUUCCAAGUAAGAAUUUUUAUGGCAGAUUUCCCAAGCAACAUCCACUCACAGUAGAGAGAGAGAGAGAGAGAGUGUGUGUGUGGAGAAGUGGCAAGCUCCGCUUCUGCUCAGGUGUAUCCAUCUCUGAGUUUGGUGCCCAGUCCUUCUCUCUCUUGACAUUCCCUUCUUCUUCGUCUUCUUCUUCUUCUUCUCUCUGAUCUGCAUUCUCUCACUACCCUCCAGACGAUCAUCACCAUCUCUCUCUGUCUCUUUCUUCCACAUUGCCUCCCCGGAGCUCAAAAUUCGUCCUUGGACGGUCGAGAAGAUGGCGGACAGAGUCUACCCAGCUGGCAAGCCCGCCGUCAACGGCGGCGCGGCCCCCCCCGCCGCCGCCAAUGCGGCCGCGGCCGGAAAGCCCCAGCUCUACCGCCCCUACCGCCCGCAGCCCGCCAGGCACAAUCGCCGCCGUCACUACGACCGCCGGCGGUGCAGCCUCUGCUGCUGCUGCUUCUGGACGGUCCUCGUCGUGCUCGGGCUCUGCCUCCUGGCCGCCAUCGCCGGCGCGGCCGUCUACGUGCUCUACCGCCCGCACCGCCCCGAGUUCUCCGUCUCCUCCCUCCGGACCGCCACCCUCAAGCUCACCAGCGCCGCCGACGGCUCCUCCACCCGCCUCAUCACCCUGUUCAACCUCACCCUCACCUCCAAGAACCCGAACAGCCACUUCACCUUCGCCUACGACUCCUUCGCCGUGGCGCUCUCGUCGUCCUCGUCCAACUCGGUGUUCCUCGGAAACGGGUCGCUCCCGGCCUUCACGAGCAACGAAAAGAGCGUGACCACAUUGCGGGCGAUCGUGUCACUGAGAUCCCAAGAUCUCGACGCCGAGUCUGUGACCUCACUGAGAUCAGAUCUGAAGAGGAAAAACGGGGUCCCCGUGAAGAUCCAGAUGGACACGAAAGUGGAGGUGAGCGCAGGCAAGCUGAAGACCAAGAAGGUGGGCAUCAGAGUGAGCUGCGAAGGGUUCAAAGGGGUGGUCGCCCCGCAAGGCAAGUCGCCGGCGGUGGUCACAGUGAGCGAUCCCAAGUGCAAGGUCGAUCUCAGGAUCAAGAUCUGGAAGCUCACUUUCUGAUUCAUCCAUGGAAGCUGGUAAUACAAUUUGUAUCUCUUUGGCAUUGCAACAUCUCUCUCUCUCUCUCUCUCUCCGGC